AUUUUCUCCAACUGAGUUGGACAAAAUCGCUGACUUAUAUGAUGGGAUCAGGCCAACUCAGAGCGUGAUUAGAUCAGCCAAAUUUGAUUUCACCAUGAUGGUUUUUCAUGGGAUGUCUUUCCUCUUUUUCUGCUAAUAUCUCCUGAAAUGGAACGAAAAAUGGUAUUUUUCGACAUCUGCAGAAGGUCAAGGGAGAGACCCAGUUUAGCCUUUUAGUUUUUUUGCUCCUUUUUUCUAGUCUUGGAAACAAAAGAGUUGGUUUUGUUAGUUGGUGAAUUUGCGUGGGAAGAGAGCACAGAAAACAAACCUUCCAACGGAGUGGCUUGCAUUUCGGUUUCUCUCUCUCUCUCUCUCCCCCUCUCUCUGUACAGGUUGUCGCGGCCGUCCUCAGAAUUUCAGAGAUAUAUUCGGGAUCAUAGAUAAACUUUCUCUUUCAGGCUCCCUAAAUUCUUGUCCAGAAAGCUGGUACGAUUGCUUAGAACUCCCACUCGAUCCUUUCAUGGAAAAAGCUCAUCUCUUGUACAAUCGUGUGCAUGUGAGAAGGUGUUUGAGUAAUCCGCAAUAGUUUUGUGCUGGUUUGUCUGAAGUUGGUGUUUCCACAUUACAAGAUUAAUCAUGUGUGACAAAAUGUCGGGACCUCUUGAUCGCACUGCUAAACCAGUUCUCGAAAAGCCUGAAGUGGAGAACUCUGAGGAUGAGAGGAAGACCAGGCUGGGAUCUCUUAAGAAGAAGGCAAUUAAUGCUUCAACCAAAUUUAGGCAUUCUUGGACCAAGCGAGGUCGAAGAAGCAGUAAAGUCAUGUCUGUCUCGUUCGACUCUGAUAUUGACACAGAAGAACUCCAGGCAGUUGAUACAUUUCGCCAAGCUCUCAUUCUUGACGAAUUGUUACCAUCUAGACAUGAUGACCCUCAUAUGAUGCUCAGAUUUUUGAGGGCCAGAAAAUUUGAUGUAGAAAAGACAAAGCAAAUGUGGGUUGACAUGUUACAAUGGAGGAAGGAGUUUGGUGCUGACACAAUCAUGGAGGACUUCGAUUUCAAGGAAAUUGAUGAUGUCCUAGAGUAUUAUCCACAAGGACACCAUGGUGUGGACAAGGAUGGAAGACCUGUCUACAUUGAGAGGCUGGGUAAAGUCGACCCCACUAAACUGAUGCAAGUGACAACAAUGGAUCGCUAUGUUAAGUACCAUGUGCGGGAGUUCGAGAGGACUUUUGUUGUUAAGUUCCCAGCUUGUUCUAUCGCGGCCAAAAAGCAUAUAGAUCAGAGCACAACCAUAUUGGAUGUCCAAGGAGUGGGGCUAAAAAAUUUCAAUAAAGCUGCAAGGGAUCUUGUCUCGUGUCUUCAAAAACUAGAUGGGGAUAACUAUCCUGAGACUCUUAACCGCAUGUUCAUCAUCAACGCGGGCUCCGGAUUCAGGCUUUUGUGGAACACUGUUAAAUCCUUCCUUGACCCAAAGACUGCUGCAAAAAUCCAUGUUCUGGGGAACAAAUACCAGAGCAAGUUGCUUGAAAUAAUUGACGCAAGUGAGCUGCCGGAGUUCCUUGGUGGUUCAUGCACUUGUGCCGACAAAGGUGGUUGCAUGCGUUCUGAUAAGGGCCCCUGGAACAAUCCCGACAUAUUGAAGAUGGUUCACAAUGGCGAUUCGAAAUGUGUGAGAAAAUUGUCGGACAUCAAUGAAAAGAUGAUAUCUCAAGAAGAGAAGUGCGUGUCUUCCAACUUAACAGCAGCUCCCGAUGCGAGUAAUUUAGAACUUCCAUGUGUGGCAAAAGAGGAGAUUUUCAUCACAAAAAAGUGCGAAACCGAAAAGGCUUGUGAUUGCUCUGUACCUAUAAUUGACAAGACAGUUGACACUAAUUGGAUCAACACGUCACCAACUUCCAAAUCUGGACUGGAAAAAGGUUGUUUUGCCCCGCCUGAUCCUUGCAAAUCUCCUGAAGCUAUAAGCAGCCACAUCUUCAAUGGUGUCUUGGCCUUCAUCAUGGGUAUUUUCACUAUGGUCCGCAUGACCCGUGACAUGCCAAGAAAGCUCACAGACGGUAUCCUCUACUCUACUUCCAUGUACUAUGUUGACCCAAUGAAAAAGGGCCAUCGGUUGCCAGAGCCAUCUAUUUCCCGCGAUGAUUACCUGAACAUGAUGAAGCGCAUGGCUGAACUAGAAGAGAAAGCAAUUGUUAUCAGCACAAAACAAUCAUCCAUGCCACCUGAGAAGGAGGAAAUGCUUGCUGCUGCAGUCGGUCGCAUUGAAGCUCUAGAACAAGAGCUAUCUUCGACCAAGAAGGCACUGGAGGAAUCCAUUGCCCGACAAGAAGAGCUCUUGGCCUUCAUCGAGAAAAAGAAGAAGAAGAAGCUGAACAUCUUCCGUUGGUAAGAGCAUGGAUUGCAGGAGUCCAAGCUCCCACA